AUGUCUGAAAAUAAACACGCAACUUGGGCUAAAACCGUCGAGGAAGAAGAUCGCGUCGAAGCUUUGAUCAAGAAAUCCGGCUGCUGGGACAAUCAUAUAUCGGUUGUUGAUUGUAUGGGAGAGCACAACGACUGGAGAAAGUGUCAGGCGCAGCUACAGGAAUUCAAGACUUGCAUGACGAAGAACUUUGGCAAAAACAAACCAGAAUCCAACGAAAUUGAAUACUAUCGCGCUAUUGCCAAUUUUAAUGUUGGCGAAUACCAAAAAUGUAUAGAUAGCUGCAAUAAAAUUCUUGAAACUUCCAAAAACAAUCGCGUACACAAAAUCAUGCUAAUCGAUUCGAUUCUUCAAAGUUAUUUGAAACUACCAAUGACUUCUGAAAACCAAAAAAUCAGUCUAGAAUUUCUCACUAGUUUGGAGAGUUUACUUAUAGAUUUUGGCGAUCAACUUCAAUUUCUUCGAAUCAAAUCUGAAAUUCUCGCCCGAUUUUCCGGCGAUCCUCACGAAUUUUUGCAUGCGGUCUCCCUUCUAUGCUCGCUCAUCGAUCUGCCGGAACAUUGGCUAAUAUUUCUUCAACGAAUUGAAAUUUUCAAAAAAUCGCCAAAUAUGGCGAAAUUGUGUAUUCUUUCCAAGGUUUUGUAUUCGUAUGAGCAUCAAUUUCAUCAGGCGAAUGGUUUUGUAAAAUCAAAAAUCAAACAAAAAAUUGGCGAAAUUCGCUCUCAAAUCGAUAAGCUUGAAUUUGACGAUGAAACGGUACCGCCAUUUUGCACAUAUUUAUGGAUGAAGAAGUUGACAGUUUUUCUCAGCAUUCUAUGCGUCUGUCAAGCCUCGAUUCUUAUCGACUUUGAGCUUCCAAAUGACGUUAUCGAAUUGAUGUCAUUUCGGGAAAAACCUUCAAUGGCAGCGUUCACCCCAUGCCAGGAUAUUCUUUUUAAUCACUGCCAGCACAACUUCAAUCAAUUCUUUGGGAUGCCAGAAGACGUCACAUGGAGAAAUGGUUCAUACAUUUUCAACACCGUUCAAAAAUACCUUGAAAUGAACGUGACCGAGCUUAUCAAAGUUUGCAAUGCUCGCACCCAAUAUUACCAAUGUCUCGGAGCCUCGUAUUAUUCCUGCAUUAAUCUUUUCACGCUGGGAAAUAAGCCAAACUCGGAUUUGCAGCAAACGUUUGAUUUUGUUCGCACAUUCCGUGGCCUUGAAUACAUGUGCGCCGGUGGAUUCCAAGAAGUCGUUUAUCAAUGGGGAUGCCUUGGCGCAUUCCCGACCACACAAGCCUAUCAAGGCUGCAUCGCCAACUUCAACAACACGGUGACCGCCAAAAAUUUCUGCCCAUCAGUUUCGGACACCGGAGAUUGCCUUUACAACAAAUAUGUUGAAGCUUGUGGAGAGCCAGGGGCUGGAUAUUAUGGAUGUGAGAACUUCCGAAUCACUUUCGACAGCGCCUGCCGCGGACUUCGCUGCAUCGUUCACUAA